AUGAGCGGGAAGAGGAGACCGACGAAGAAAACCGUGAAGAAAUUCGCGAAUGCGCCCAGGGCCAGUCCCAUCGCCUGCUCUCCGCUCCUCAGCAACUGGAUGCCGCAUGUUUUCCGGAAAAAUGUGCUGGAAAGUCAUCUGAAUGUCACACUGGGAGGAUGGAUGAACGAGAGGAAAUUGGAGGUCUUGUGGAGUUUCAUCGUUUCUGCCUUCAUACUCGGGGGGCUUCUGGGCGCUCUCCUCGCCGGCUUCAUCGCCAAUCGCAUCGGAAGGAAGGGUGCGUUGAUGUUGGAUAACGCACUGGGAAUAUUGGCGGCAGUUUGUUUUGCAUUUGUGAAAACCUCAUCCCCAUUCCUCCUUCUCGUCGGACGGAUCCUCGCCGGCGCCGGUUCUGGAGGAUCAAUUCUGGGGCAGUACUUGGUUGAAAAAAGGUCAGAGGCCAUCUUCAUGCCUCCAAAGCCACCACUGCCUGGUGUCAGAAGAACCUGCCAGCAUUCUGGGGGAAGGAUUCUCAAGGAGGAGGUCAAGAAGAUGAAACACGCCACAAGCUGCAAGCAGCUCAUCCAGAAACUCAAAAAUGCAUGGGUAGACCUGAACCCAGGCAUUCGCAAAAGUGUUGUAAGAAGUAUGCCUCAGCAAAUGCAGUUGGUCAUCUAUAUGAAGAGAGAUUACAUUAGACUGGCAUGCGGGACGGUGACGUUGUACCUGACAGAACUAGGUCCCAAGGCAUGGUCGGGGCCGUUGGGGGUCAUUCUUCCCCUCGGAAUCAGCAUGGGGAUCCUCGUCUCUCAGGUCGCAGGGCUCUCCAAUAUCCUCGGGAACGAGGGUCUCUGGGACGUCCUGUUGUCGGCCACGGGGAUCCUCAAGUUCCUGACCGCAUCCGUCCUUCUCUUCUGCCCAGAAAGCCCAGUUUUUAUCGGGGAACAAAAGCGGAAACUGGGAAGCAAGACGAAGCGGCGCCUGUGCGUCUCCUCCGUCAAAGUCCUUCUGCGAGGAGAUGAGAAAUUUGCGGCAGACACAGAGGAGCGGGAAAUUAUGGUGUCUGUGGUUGUACCGGUGAAAGAGAGAUGUCGCAAGUGCUUGGCCUCCAUCUCUCUACCCCUCAUCCUCGUUAUCUCCCUGAACGUCGGGCAGCAGACCUCCGGCAUCAACGCCAUGAUGUUCUACUCGACGGCCAUAUUCCGAAGUGCCGGUUUGAGCGUGGAAACGAGUCAAUAUGCGAGCCUUAGCCUGGGAUUCAUCAAUCUUGUGAUGGCCAUUCUUGCCGUUCCCCUCUUGGCCCGGUUCAAACGACGAACGCUUCUCUUAACCAGCGUCGGCUGCUUCAUCCCGUGCCUCUUUCUGCUCACCCUCUCCAUGCAUUUCAUGGACCGGAUCUCGUGGUGUGCAUUUUCGGCCAUAGCCAUCAUGGGUGCGUUUGUCAUGAGUUUCGGCUUGGGGAUGGGACCCAUACCCUUUCUAGUAGGAUCUGAGUUGCUGAGGAGCGGAGAGCAGGCGAUGGGACUGGCCCUGGGCGCAUUCGCGAAUUUCUUCACGGUUUUCUUCGUCGGUCUCCUCUUCCCGCUCAUGCAGAUUUCUCUCGGGGAAUUCUCUUUCCUCGUCUUCGGAGCCAUUUCCACCCUCUUCGCUGUCUUUUGGACCCUUCGCUUCCCGGAAACCAAACCCAUUUGAUUUUAGUCCUUUCUUAUUUUCCCUUCCUUCUCUGUCGUUGGAGUCGUCGUGUCGAGGGUGCAAUGGUAGUUCUUCUGAACUGAUGUUUUCUAUUAGCAUUAAUAAGGUGAGAAGUGAAGAACUGCAAGUCCAUUAACCCUUAUCCGGGCAAGGUAUUUUUGUGACACAAACGGGCAAAGCCAAACAUUUAAAGAAAAUUUUCCUUAAAAGCAAUUCCUAACUUUAAAAAUUCGUUUUUAAAUCUAUGGAUGACUCUCAAUGAAACCCAUAUCAAAUUUGAAUAAUAUUUUGAAAAAGUGCGGAGAGUAAUGAAAUGCAGUAUACCAUGGGGGGGUCCAAUGGUCCCUUGCCCGGAUAAAAGUUAAAAAAUUGGAUGGAUUAGCUUGCAGACCUUCCGUAUCUUCUUGAGGGAUGGAAAUUCGUUGUCCAGGAAGAUACGAUGGCAAUUCGGAUACCCCUCGUGAAUAUACAGUUUACCGAG